AUGGCAGCGACGCUGCCGGCGCAAGUUGCCAGUCGAUUUCCCCUCGCAGUGCUGCCAACUAGCAUGCUGGUGAGAUCUCUUCUCAUCGCCGGCAUAUCGUCCAAACGAUUCCUUCUUAUACCAUCUCUCAAAUUACUAUCUUUUCUUUCAAAACCUGACAGAGGCUUCCUUUUCAAUGUUGACAAGAACCCCUUCGUUCACGGGGUGCUCAAGAAAACAUUUUAUAAUCAGUUUUGCGCUGGUGAGACUGGGACAGAGACCAGGCAAUGUGUACGCCGACUAAAAGACCUUGGUUUCAGAGGUGUGAUCCUUACAUAUGCACGGGAAACCGUGUUUGACCACAAAACUCAGACUGCAGAUGUGCAGGGAGUUGACUCGGACGAUAUUGCCAAGUCGGCAGAACCUGCCUUCAGUCCUCACAUAGAGGAGUGGCGGGCAGGUACUCUUGAAACUGUGGAACUGAUUGACGAUGGCGAUUUUCUUGCAGUAAAGUUGACUGGAGCUGGCCCAGCAGUGACCAAUGCUUUCGCUACUGGCCAAACACCGCCACAGCAAUUCUUGGAUGCAAUUAACGAGAUCAGUGCCGAAUGUAAGGCGCGCUCAAUACGAGUUAUCGUCGAUGCCGAGUCCCAACAUUUCCAGAAAGGCAUCGCAGCGGUGACCUUGGGUUUGAUGCGCCAGUUUAAUCGCGACGGUGCUGCUGUUGUCUACAACACAUACCAGGCAUAUCUGAAACAAACUCCUGCUGUCGUCGCUGAGCAUAUGGAAGCCGCCCACCAAGAACAGUUCACGCUAGGUUUGAAGCUAGUACGCGGUGCCUAUAUACUCUCAGAUAACCGAUCAUUGAUCCACGACACGAAACAAGAGACGGAUAAUACCUAUAACAGUAUUGCGACAGGUGCUUUGAAGAGACAGAUUGGCGAGUUUGGAGCAAAAGGCGGCAAGCCUUUCCCAUCAGUAAACCUAUUCCUGGCCAGCCACAAUAGAGCAAGCGUUAUUGCGGCUCAAAGACUACACCAAGAGAGACUCAGAAAUGGCCUCCCUACGAUACCUGUUGGUUUCGGUCAGUUACAUGGAAUGUCUGACGAAGUGAGCUUCUCGCUAUUGUCGGAGAAAGACGACAACCAGAACUCCCCCGACGUUUUCAAGUGCUCCACCUGGGGAAGCAUGGGCGAAUGUCUGGCCUACCUGCUUAGGCGCGCGGUAGAGAACCGCGAUGCAGUCAUGCGGACAACGGACGAGUACAUCGCCCUGAAGUCUGAGGCUUGGAGAAGGAUGAAGACGGCAUUCCGCGUUUCGAGCUAG